ACACUGGUCAGCAUAUACAUAGUUUUCAGUGGGGAAAAUUUUUGUGAACUGGAUAUUUCUUCAUUUUAAUUGUACUUAAAGUGCGUUUUAAAAUACUAUUAGUCUGCUUUCAAGCAGUUUUAUCAAUUAUAAACGCGGUGUGGUGUAAAUCGCCUCAAUCACCAAGAUGAGUUACAUGCCAGCCCAAAAUCGUACCAUGUCGCAUAACAAUCAGUAUAAUCCGCCGGAUCUACCGCCCAUGGUUUCGGCAAAGGAGCAGACUCUUAUGUGGCAGCAAAACUCAUAUCUGGGUGACUCGGGCAUACAUUCGGGUGCCGUCACCCAGGUGCCAUCGCUAUCGGGCAAAGAGGAUGAAGAGAUGGAUGGUGAUCCGCUUAUGUUUGAUUUGGAUACUGGUUUUCCGCAGAAUUUCACACAAGAUCAGGUGGACGAUAUGAAUCAACAGCUAAGCCAGACGCGCUCUCAACGUGUCCGUGCCGCCAUGUUUCCCGAGACACUGGAGGAGGGCAUUGAGAUACCAUCGACUCAGUUCGAUCCUCAGCAACCGACUGCUGUGCAACGUUUGUCGGAACCAUCGCAGAUGUUGAAACACGCUGUCGUCAAUUUGAUUAACUAUCAGGAUGAUGCCGAACUGGCCACACGGGCCAUUCCCGAGUUGAUUAAACUCCUGAACGAUGAGGAUCAGGUGGUGGUAUCGCAGGCAGCAAUGAUGGUACAUCAAUUGUCCAAGAAGGAAGCCUCGCGUCAUGCCAUUAUGAAUAGCCCCCAGAUGGUGGCCGCUUUGGUGCGGGCCAUAUCGAAUAGUAACGAUCUGGAGAGUACCAAGGCAGCUGUGGGUACUCUGCACAAUUUGUCGCAUCAUCGCCAAGGUUUGUUGGCCAUCUUUAAGAGCGGCGGUAUACCGGCUCUGGUGAAAUUGCUCUCAUCACCGGUGGAAAGUGUUUUAUUCUAUGCCAUUACCACACUGCAUAAUCUACUGUUGCAUCAGGAUGGCUCCAAAAUGGCCGUACGCCUGGCUGGUGGCCUUCAAAAGAUGGUCACUCUUCUGCAGAGGAAUAACGUUAAGUUUUUGGCCAUUGUCACCGAUUGUCUACAGAUUCUGGCAUAUGGCAAUCAAGAGAGUAAACUUAUCAUUCUUGCCUCGGGUGGUCCCAAUGAAUUGGUACGCAUUAUGCGUUCCUAUGACUACGAGAAGCUACUAUGGACCACCUCACGGGUACUGAAAGUACUCUCGGUGUGCUCCAGCAAUAAGCCGGCUAUUGUUGAUGCCGGCGGCAUGCAGGCAUUGGCCAUGCAUUUGGGCAAUAUGUCGCCACGUCUGGUUCAAAAUUGCCUUUGGACGUUGCGUAAUCUAUCGGAUGCGGCCACCAAGGUGGAGGGUCUUGACGCUCUACUCCAAUCGCUGGUCCAAGUGCUUGGGUCGACCGAUGUCAAUGUGGUGACCUGUGCGGCUGGCAUACUCUCGAAUCUGACGUGCAACAAUCAACGGAAUAAAGCAACUGUCUGCCAGGUGGGCGGUGUCGAUGCCCUGGUACGCACCAUUAUCAAUGCCGGUGAUCGUGAAGAGAUCACCGAGCCGGCCGUUUGUGCAUUGCGUCAUCUAACGUCGCGUCACGUCGACUCGGAGAUGGCCCAAAAUGCAGUGCGUCUCAAUUACGGCUUGUCGGUGAUUGUGAAGCUAUUGCAUCCACCAUCACGUUGGCCCCUGAUCAAGGCCGUUAUCGGGCUAAUACGCAAUCUGGCUCUCUGUCCGGCCAAUCAUGCACCAUUGCGUGAGCAUGGAGCUAUACAUCACUUGGUGCGUCUGUUAAUGCGCGCCUUCCAGGACACAGAAAGGCAACGUUCAUCGAUUGCCACAACUGGCUCCCAGCAGCCAUCCGCCUAUGCCGAUGGUGUUCGCAUGGAGGAAAUUGUCGAAGGCACUGUUGGUGCCUUACAUAUAUUGGCACGGGAAUCGCAUAAUCGUGCCCUAAUACGCCAACAAUCGGUAAUACCGAUAUUUGUGCGUUUACUUUUCAACGAAAUCGAGAAUAUACAGCGCGUUGCUGCUGGCGUACUCUGCGAAUUGGCUGCCGAUAAGGAAGGUGCCGAAAUUAUUGAACAGGAGGGCGCAACUGGGCCUUUAACCGAUCUAUUGCAUUCACGCAACGAGGGUGUUGCAACCUAUGCCGCAGCUGUGCUCUUCCGCAUGAGUGAGGAUAAACCGCAGGACUACAAAAAGCGCCUAUCGAUUGAGUUGACCAAUUCUCUGCUGCGCGAGGACAACAACAUUUGGGCCAAUGCUGAUCUAGGCAUGGGUCCUGAUCUGCAGGAUAUGCUUGGACCCGAAGAAGCAUAUGAGGGCCUUUACGGACAAGGUCCGCCCAGUGUGCACAGUUCGCACGGAGGUCGCGCAUUCCAUCAGCAAGGAUAUGAUACUUUACCAAUAGAUUCGAUGCAAGGUCUCGAGAUCAGCAGCCCAGUUGGCGGUAGUGGUGCUAGCGGUGUUGCUGGCCCUGGCGGUGCCGGUAAUGGUGCCGGUGGACCAUCGGUUGUUGUGGCACCGCCCAGUGGUGCACCCACUUCACCAUAUUCGAUGGACAUGGAUGUCGGUGAAAUUGAUGCGGGUGCAUUAAAUUUUGAUUUGGAUACCAUGCCAACGCCACCCAAUGACAACAAUAACUUGGCUGCCUGGUACGAUACCGACUGUUAGAUUGAAGGAGACGACGAUGAUGAAGAAGAUGACGAAGACGAAGAAGAAGUUGAUGAUGAUGACAUACAUAAUUAUAAUUAUCUUUAAUAUAUAAUGCAUUACAUAUACUACUACCCAUAUAAAAGAAAAAUGGUAAAAUUACACACAAAAUGUUUGCAACAGAAA